UCCCAGCUUAAAAUGGAACCUUAUAAAAUAUCAAAAUUAACACUUACGGAUAUUUUGAGCAUAGGGAAGGAAUCCGAGAAGAACACGACUUUGGAAGACAUGCCCUGGUGUUUUUUAAACAAAGUAAUGGCUGUUGAUAGCACUGCAAGGAACACAACUAUAAACCAACCUUUGUUUAGUGAGGGAGAAGGUGCCAACUGGUAUGAACAUCCAUUUCCAAAUCUGAAACCAACCACUCAGCUUUCCAUCCAUCCUCUAGAUGUUGUGUGCGCUGUUCUUCAUUGUUCGGAUAACUUUUUGCAGCAAGAAAUAAUAUCCAAAAUGUCUAUGUGUCAGUUUGCUGUCCCCUUGAUACUACCGCCCAGUCAUGACCAAGAAUGUACUUUCCUGUUGUGGGCCUUAAGAGGUAUCGUGAAACGGUGGAGACCUCAGUCAUUGGCAGAAAGCAAAGGCUUUAUUGAAGACAAUUUAGUAAAUAUAAAAAUGCCAACAUUUUCCUUUGUGAGACUUGGUGAAUGCAACAUAUCUAAAUCCAGAAUUCUUAAUCAACUACUUUGCCAAACUCAGUCUUACUAUGACAUUUUUGUGAAUCAGGACAUGGUUUGUGGAAACACAGAAAAAACAAUUGCUGAUGGUUUAGUGGAAAUUUCUUGGUUCUUUCCUGGAAGUGUUACUAAAUCUGAACUCUUUCCGGAACCAGCUGCCAUUAUUAAUUUACGUGGAGAUUUGUUGUCCUACUGGAAACAGUUCACCUUUCUGACUCAUGUUUCGUCAGCUGUGUUCAUAUUUACAAAGUAUUUUUCUGAGAAGGAAUAUCAAUUAUUUUUAAAUUGCAAAAAUAGCAACACAGACUACUAUUUUGUUAUUGACUCUAGUGACAUCAUAGAGACACAAAAAAUAAUUGGCAUUCUGAAAGAGUUGUCUAAAGUACUAAAAGUCAAUAUACUCAGAAGCAAUCAUAGAAAUAUUAAAGAACUAAUUGUGACAAUACAACAUUAUGUUGCUAAAUACAUGUCAAAAGAAGAAGUCCGAGUAAGUCUUCAGGAUCUGGCAGAUGUGGCCACUAAACUUGGCCUUCAUGUAGAUGAGAAUUCUACAGAAUGUCAAAAGGCUAAAGCACAUGCAGUUUCAAUUACAAAUGAGAUUAAAAAUGUGUUGGAUUAUAAGAAAAAAACAAUGCCUCUCCAGGGGGUUCCGUGGAAAGAAUUAUCCAAGAUAGAAAAAGAGCUGUGUAGAAUGAAGCACCAAGGAAACACCAAUAUUAAUAUUUAUAAAAGGGAACUGGAAAGGAAAUGCUCUGAGCUACACAGGACACAAUACCAGUGUGAGCUUCCUCGUGGCAUAAGGGACUAUAUGAAUAGUUUAAUGACGUUAUCCAAAGUGGAAAAGGGUUACUUUAUUAAUUGGAUGAAGUUCUAUCUGGAUGCAAUAACAAGAAACAAUCUGUUAGGCUUACAGGCUGAGUACAAAGAAAAAUGUAGUAAGUUACCCACAAACUCAAGUGAAAUAAACACGUUGUGUGAAAAAAUUUCUGACAGUUCCUUGGGAGUUGAUCAUUUUCUGCGAGAGCUUGGGCAAUUCUAUGAGGCAGAAUGUGCCAUGCUCAAAGAAAAACACAUACAACCAAACAAAAAUAAAUUUUGUAAGCUCCCAGGAUUAGCCACUGAUCUCCUGCUGAAUGGAUUCCCAUUAGAGCUGAUAGAUGGAGAUGCCUCCAAUAUCCCUUUACAGUGGAUUACAGAUGUUCUAGCAGAGCUAAACAAAAAUAUUGCUGGAUGCAGAAUGAGAGUAAUCUCUGUACUGGGAGUACAGAGCACAGGGAAAUCCACUCUCUUGAACACCAUGUUUGGGUUGCAGUUUCCUGUUGCCAGUGGAAGAUGCACAAGAGGAGCCUUUAUGACGUUGAUUAAAAUAAAGAAAAACUUACAGAAAGAGCUGGGUUGUGACUUUAUUCUGGUGAUUGACACUGAGGGUCUGAAGGCUCCAGAUCUGGCUUCCCUGGAGGGCAGCUAUGAACAUGACAAUGAGCUGGCAACUCUAGUGGUUGGGUUGAGUGAUAUCACCAUAGUAAAUAUAGCCAUGGAAAAUGCCACAGAAAUGAAAGACAUCUUGCAGAUAGUAGUCCAUGCAUUUCUCAGAAUGAAGAAAGUUGGACGGAAACGCAACUGCUUCCUUGUACAUCAGAAUGUGAAUGACGUGUCCGCUUAUCUGAAUAACAGAAUAAAUAGGAACAAACUUUUGAAUGAACUAAAUGACAUGACAAAAGUUGCAGCAAAAAUGGAAAAAAUAGAUGCACCUAUGGACUUUUCUGAUAUUAUGACCUAUGAUCCUGACAAACACAGCUGGUACAUUCCUGGGCUUUGGCAUGGUGUCCCACCAAUGGCUCCCAUAAACUUUGGGUACAGCGAAAACAUUUUCAAACUGAAAAAACAUUUGAUUAAAUUCAUGAAAGAAAGCCACAACUCUGGUCCUCAAAACAUUGAAUCUUUCACAGAAUGGAUGAACAGUUUGUGGAAAGCUGUAAAAUAUGAGACCUUUAUAUUCAGUUUUAGAAACAGCCUUGUUGCCGAGGCUUAUGAGCAAUUGUCUGCUAAAUACUCAAAGUUGCAAUGGAAUUUCCGAAGUCAGGUUUAUACAUGGCUAUCAGAGCAGGAAAAUAUUAUCAGAAACCAGCCUCAAAGUAAAAUGACAGUUGGAACAACAGAUAUUCUAGAAAAGAAAAUGACAGAAUUAUUGGACAGAGAAGAGGCCUACAUGACAGAGCAGUUAAAAUUAUUUUUUGACCAAAGCAUUAGCAAAAUGUAUGUUGCAGAGAGAUACCGAGCUGAUUUCAUGAGCUAUGUCAAAUGCUUGCGCCUUAACAUGGAAGUCAUUAUUUCAAGUAAAUAUUUGGAAACCAUGCAAAUCCAGAGAGGGAAACAAGAAAUACGGAACAUUCAAGAAAGUUGUCUUAAAUUCAUCGAAGAAAAAGUGAACAUAUUUUUGAAUACUACAAAUGCGUGUUAUUUGAGUGACACAGAACUGAGAAAAGAAUUUGACUUAAUGUGGGAUAAAAUGUUGCAAGAGCAACAAGUGGUUCGUUUAAGAAAACGCAGAAUUGAUAAUGAAAUGCUGGAGCAAUUUAAAAAAGAAAUGAGAACCAGGGGAGGUUAUGUCAUGGAAAUACUGCAUAAUGUAUUAUCUUUAAAAUUCUAUGGACAGAAUGACUUUAAGAUGGAUAAAAGUUAUAUCAACAUUCCUUUGUGGACAACAAAAAAAGUUAAAGAAUUUUUUACGAACGACUGCUAUAAAAAGCUAGCUAAUGUUGCAAAAACCUUACAAUAUAGGUGCCAGAACUAUGUAACAGACAAAAUUAAGACAGGAGAAGAUUACAAUGAGUUAUACUGUCAGGAGCUGCUGAACAUAAUUAAUCAAAAACUGAAACAUGAAGAAGUGAGAAAACUUGAAGCCACUAACGAGUUUGAGGUCAAUCUAAAGUUACACAUUUUAGGAGCUGCAGCACCUCAGUUUCAGAAGAUGCACGAUGACUUUGGCUUGAAAAAUGAUCCCAGACUUCUCAUAAAUAGAUCAAAACCGCAGUAUUUUGAUAUAUUUAAAAACAAACUGCAGCAGAAAGAUGAAUCCAAUGCUCGAGCUAAAGAUUUCUGUGAUCAGUGCCUGAAGCCGGCAAUAACUGACCACAUUUACAAGAACCUUGGCAAAGAAAUAAUCAAUGACCUGCUAAAAGAUCAUUUUGAUUUCAGGUUCAACAGUCAGAACCAUUUUCACUUUAGGAUUCUGAAAGAGCUGCUCAAAUUUAAUAAAUAUGAACAUUAUGCAGAAUACAUUACAAACUAUGAGAUUUAUUUAAAAAGAUGGAUUUCGAAAUACAUUGUAAUGAAAUAUACAAAUUGUUCUGGCUUGGAUGUGUUGAUAGUAAAAAUAAUUUCUUCCGUUACUGAAAAAAUCCAAUCUACUCUCUCUGACAAAAAUAUACAAAACAGUCAGACUGUUUCCGAAUUAUUGGAAUCCUUUUGCAUGAAUUUGAGGAAACAUUUGGUGAUUUCCAAUAAUGCAAUGAGAAUCAUAAUUUUUCAAAACACAGUGAACAUCCACCAACUUGCAAAUAAUAUUAAAUUUCAUCUUGAAAAAUGUCAGGAAGAAAUCAGAUCAGGAAUGAAACAUUUAGACAUUGAAUCUCUACUUGCCUGUCUGUCUCUAAAACCUCAAGAUGAGUUGCUCAAAAAGAUUUUGGGAUGUGGGAAAAAGUGUCCAUUUUGUAAUGCUUCUUGUGAAGCCAGAGGAGAUGACCAUCAGGAACACUUUGUAUCUGCUCAUCGGCCCAAGGGUUUAGCCCAAUACAGAUUUUCAGAUGACAACAGUCUUUGUACAUUGACAUGUUCCACUGCUAUUAUUUCUAAUGGCACAUUUAGAAAUCCAGACACAGGAGGAAAAAAACAUCCAUAUAGAGAUUAUCGAUCUGUUUAUCCCCAGUGGAUCAUACAUCCAGAGAGAAACCCAACAGCUUCACUUUACUGGAAGUUUGUCCUUGCGCGGUUCAAUUAUGAUUUUGCCAAACUUUUCCAAGCAAACCCAGCCGAAAUCCCAGCAGAAUGGCUAAAAAUAACUGAAAAACAAGCUCUUUGCAGUUUAGAAGACAUGUAUAACAUAAAAUAAUGCCCACCAUC